UGCCCCGUCCCCGAGGACCUGACUUCGCUCUGCACCGUGCUGUGCAGCGAAGGAUGGCCGUGCCGGAGCUGUGAUCCCAGCCCAGCCCUGCAGCGGCCGAUGGACGGGAAAACCUCUCUGGCCACGGCAUCGUCCAGCAGUGUCCCGCCCAGCCUCCAUGCCUCCCCCGUCAGCAGCAUCUUCAGUGCCCGACCUCUGAAGCCUCGAGAAAGCGUCCUCGGCAUUAGCUUCAAGCCUUACAGCCCCGAGUGCAGCCCAGCCCCGGCCGCCUGCACGACCUGUGAGAGCACACGAUCCUCCAUGUUCAGAGCUCCCUGCAUGAGCCAGCGACGGCUUGCGCUCAUCUUCUGCAUCUCCAUCCUCAUCGUGCUGCUCAUCGCCCUCAUCCUGCUGUUUAUGUUCUGGCGGUCGCAGACCGGCAUCGUGUACAAGGAGCCUGCCGAGAGCUGCAAGGACAGCCCCGUGCGCUGCGACGGCAUCGUCGACUGCUCCCAGAGGAGUGACGAGCUGGGCUGCGUGCGCUUCGCGUCCGACGAGUCCUUGCUCCACGUCUACUCCAGCACCGAGAACCAGUGGCUGCCGGUGUGCAGCAGCGCCUGGGACGACUCCUUUUCCAGAAAGACCUGCCGGCAGCUGGGAUUUCAGAAUGCAUCACAGACCGAAUACGUUCCCCUGCGCAUCUCGGGCAAGAGCCUCGCCGUGACCGACGAGCGAGAGACCAUCCAGCAGAGCCUCAACAGCUCACAGUGUCUCACGGGAAAGUACGUCUCCCUCCGGUGCACAACCUGUGGGCAGAGAAUUUCUGGCCGGAUCAUCGGAGGAAAGGAAACCUCUGUGAGCAAAUGGCCCUGGCAAGUCAGCGUGCAGUAUGGGCCGAUCCACAUCUGCGGCGGCACCAUCAUCGACGCGCAGUGGGUCCUCACCGCAGCCCACUGCUUCUUCAUGAAUAGCAUGAAGAUCCUCGACGACUGGAAGGUGUACGGCGGGGUCUCGGACCUGAAGCAGCACGCAGAGGGCAUCCCCGUCUCCCAGGUCAUCAUCAACUCCAACUACAGCGACGAUCACGAUGACUACGACAUCGCUCUCAUGAAGCUCUCCAGGCCGCUGACGCUCUCGGCUCAGGUUCGCCCUGCCUGCCUCCCCAUGUACGACCAGCGAUUCCAGACCGGCAGGUCCUGCUUCAUCACCGGCUUUGGGAAGACGAGGGAGAAUGAAGAUAACACGUCCCCGAAGCUGCGGGAGGCGGAGGUGAAGCUGAUUGACUACAAGAUCUGCAACAGCGACAAGGUGUACGAGGGCUACCUGACCCCACGGAUGAUGUGCGCCGGGUACCUGCAGGGAGGGAAGGAUGCGUGCCAGGGCGACAGCGGAGGGCCCCUGGUCUGCGAGGACAACGGCCGCUGGUACGUGGCCGGGGUGACGAGUUGGGGGACAGGAUGUGGCCAGAAGAAUAAACCCGGUGUGUACACACGUGUGACAAAGCUCCUCGGCUGGAUAUACAGCAAAAUGGAGAGCGAGAACGACUAAGACCGGGAUGGACACUUGCCUGGGCUGUGCCUCUCCGGCCGGCACAGGCCCCUGCCCUUGGCUGCUGCCAGGGCAUGACGCUACCAGCAGAUCCCCCCACCUACCUCUGGACUGUCCGUGCGGCCAGGGAGCCCCCAGCCUCUGAAAAACACGGCGCCUGCAGCGUGACCCUGCCCUCGCCCCGUGCAAGGGAGGUGGCCUGGUGGCGGGUGGGCGAAGCACCCAGCCAGCCCCGGCCGGCAGCGCGCGGGGGGCAGCAGCCUGUGCCGGCAGCGGGCCGUGCCGGCGGGCAGUGCCUCCUCGCCCCGUGUCUGUGGUUCCUCUCAUGUAAAUAGACGUGUCCGGACGGGGUGUCGCGAGUGCUUCCUGGCAGGACUGCGGCGGGUGAGGGGCUGCUAGGGCCGCCCCGCGAGCCGGUGGAGGUUGCGGAUGGAAGCGAGGAGCAGGAAAGCCGUGGGGUGCCCAUGGCGAGGGAGUGCUCUCCUUCGCACGCUGCCCCGGCGGGCAGCAGCUGCCCACGCCUGCGAGGCCACGCUCCCUGUUUUCUCCAGGGAGGGCUGAGCGAAGGGGAGCCCCGAGGUGCAGUUAUUCCACCCUCCGGGAGGAGCAAGAGUUGCUCUCAUGUUUGCAGAUAGGUUUAGGAAGCAUGUUGUAAAUGACGAUCCUCCCAGUGAGAGCAAUACCCAUUUGUUUACUUUUCUGUGCCGCAGACCUGGUCUGAGCAAGCACUCGCUGCCAGGACUGUGUGCAGGCGGUCUGGGUGCUCCCCGCCGGCAGUGGUGAGGAUUUUGGCAGCGGCGGGGGGGCAGGCCUGCUCUCCGGGGGUGGCUGCGGGAGGUGUGACAGAAGCGAGCGGCAGCCAAAGGCCGCGGUGGAGCAUGAUGCAGAGCAGCCCCUCUGCCACGUGAGCCAGCCCCCGGAUCUCGCAGCCUGCGGUUCAGUGACCGUGCUGGAUUGCCUCCUCCUCCCUCCGCCUGCCGAGCACGCAGCGGGGGCGUAGCCAGCCUCGCCUCCCCUCACAACCCCCCCAAGGAACCCAGCGCCCGCGUCUCCCUGCGGAUGCUUUGAGGCACACGAGGAGCUGCGGGAGAUGCCCCCCUUGGCAGUGUGAGCACCCAGCGGGUGAGCAGAGGCUGGCUGCCCCGGGCCGAGGCUGCGCUCCUCUCCCCAGGCGGGUGGUCAGCGGCAGGGAGGGGUCCUGGGGAGCCUGCCUACCCCGCACUCUUCUCAAUAAACGUUUUGGUAGUUCUCCA